UCAUCUACAAAUAUGAAGUUACUGACCUGGAAAGAUGGUGACAAUACAAUCAUGACAAUGAUAGGAGUUUGAAUUGCUGAAUGCCUGACGGUAGAAAGAGAUAUGAAUAUGAUUUCUAACAAUAAAAGAGAUGAUGAACGUGAAAAGAUAUCGUUUUGUUCAAUAGCUUCCAGACCGUGACACAGCGUAGGACUAGGGAGGAACGGGGUCCUGGACCCCCUCUUUGAACCUGCCCGCUUUGGGUUUAUCGUGAAAGAGAAGUCAUUGCGCACCUGCUUCAUUUAAAGGGACAAACAUUUCUUUCUGGCUUCUCAUACCACUAUUUGUUUCUUAAAUCUAUAGAGAGUAUCACAAUGUGAGAUUAUUGUGAUAAUGUAGUAGCCCCUCAUCUUUUUCUUCAUCCUUUUUUAAUUCAAUUUUCUUGUCCGUUUUCCCAAAUAACGUCAGUUCUUGCCAUUUUUCCCCCUCGGAGCAAUUGUCGCUGAAGCAAGAGUCGUGGAACUUCCCAGGCCUCUUCGAAUGGCCCUGUAUUUGGGUAUAUAGCGCUUGAUCCGCCACUCUCCAACCUACAUAACCUACCUGCGUUUACCAGAUUACUUGUUUUCAAAACAACGUGGAGUCCUGGAGUGAUACGCCCCAAUCUUGUGAUAUAGUAUCUAUCUUCUAUUCAAGGCUUGGUUGGCAAUCAUGGCCCAGGAUAAGAAUUCUUUAACUGUGAUCCUGGUCUGUUGUUUGGUUGUUGUAAGCAUUGUCGCUUUGGUUCUCGGGAUCGUCAGCCUAAACUCUCAAAGCGGAGAAGGAGGGGGGAGCACCAACACGAGCAAUGCCCAACAGCAGAUAAACAUCUACACUCAGCCGUCAAAUACAGGUAUCAAUGAAGAUAGAGUCUGGCUGUUUGCCAUCGGUCACUACGAUAAUGUUCUCGAAUAUUUGGAUGAACGAACGUACACCAUCAAGGGAUUUGGACCAGACAUAAUUGAUGCAGUAUGUUCGAUAGCCAAUAAAAAUUGUAAAUUGGUUUAUGACAUCUACGAGAAUUGUUGGGAUAGCCAAGCCGGUGAGCGCCCGCGUGGAGGUCAAGGGUUAAUGGGUGGAUGGUACGACGCAUGCACAGGAUGGGUGCAAUCCUUCGAUCGUCUUCUGACGUAUUACUUCACAAUGCCUUACAAGAAAGGGAAUACUGUCGCCCUCUUCGCCAAGAAUGACAGCUCUGUGACGUAUAAUGAUUUGACCAAUCGGAAAGUUGGAUUUCUAGACGGUUGGAGCGCAGACGAGUUUUGCCUCGCUCGUUACACAAACAUCGCGGGCUCAAUGCUUGGCACAAACCAGAUAUUUCAUUACCAAUCAGCAGAUCACAUGAUAGACGCCAUCCUCAACGACCAGAUUGACGUUGCGUUCGGAACAGCCCUUGCUCAAUUCACCACCUCCCUGAAACGCAUAUCCCCGUAUCCUGGUUUCGAGAAUAACUGCGAGGCCGGUGGUUCAUCCAUGAUGACGAGACACACCAGCCGUGAUCUGGUGAAUUGGUGGAACGACGCUUACCAGCGGCUUGUCGACAGAGGGCGCUACAAUGAAAUCUGCGAAGCGGUUCACGAGAGACACGGUCAUAUCCCCGGUCAAACCUACGAAGAAAUAUGUCUGGGCUAUUGAAAUGUUUCAAGCUGAUUGGUCGACACACUCACCUGACCCGGGCUAUCUCGGUGAAAGUUAUCUUAUUCAGGAGAAACCAGCAACAUCAAUGAGAUGAUCGGCAUAAGGGAUUCAUCAUUCAGUCAUCUUCAUAAUCACUUUCUUUAUCAUUACAUGAUAUAAGGAGGGAGUGAGGGGAAGGGGGUUAAAGGAUGAUUCAUAAAGGAACUUUCAUUGUAUUAAAAAUUAAAAGUGUUCAUUUAGAUCUUAAAACGGUUUUCAUAGUGCACACUCAACCUUGACAGAUCGCCUUGAUAUAAGAAUAAUCGUAAUAGUGAUAAUGAAUAAAUAAUGAUGAUGAUGACAAUAGUGAUAAAAUAAUAAAUAUAA